UGUUGUGAAAUCAAAGCAAAAAGGUCUCUAAGCAACAAAGAGAGAGAGAGAGAGAGAGAGAGAGAGAGCACUUGCGAACAACGGACCCACUGAUUCAAUCUUCCUCGAUUCUCUUUUUUUUUUUCCGGUACUGAAGCACUCAGAGAGUUCUAGAUCUUGUUCGAUCCCACAAAUCACAGCGAGAUAGAGAGAGUAGAGGAUCAGUGAUUUUCCCUCUGAUUUCGUUAAGGUCAAUUGAGGUUGGCUCAAUCUAUACGGGAUGGUUGAGUGCAGCGUAUGUCGUUCGAAGCUGUCGGUUUCGAGGGCUUAUGAUGAUCACAAGAUUAGGGUUACCUCAAAGCAACGAGUCCUCAAUGUCCUUUUGGUAGUUGGUGAUUGCAUGCUCGUCGGUCUUCAGCCUAUCUUGGUGUACAUGUCGAAGGUGGAUGGGAAGUUCAACUUCAGUCCUAUUAGUGUCAACUUCUUGACAGAGAUUGCAAAAGUUUUUUUUGCCAUUGUUAUGCUUUUGAUCCAGGCCAAGCACCAAAAAGUUGGAGAGAAGCCUCUUCUGUCUAUUUCAACAUUUGUCCAGGCAGCUCGAAAUAAUGUGCUUCUUGCGGUUCCAGCCCUGUUGUAUGCAAUUAAUAACUACCUCAAGUUCACAAUGCAGCUAUAUUUCAAUCCCGCCACUGUGAAGAUGCUUAGCAAUCUAAAGGUUCUGGUCAUUGCUCUUCUGUUGAAGAUGGUAAUGAAGAGGCGGUUUUCCGUCAUUCAGUGGGAAGCACUUGCUCUGUUGCUGAUAGGGAUUAGUGUAAAUCAACUGCGUUCUCUUCCUGAAGGUGCUACUGCCAUUGGAAUUCCUCUUGCUACGGGUGCAUACAUCUGUACUGUUAUCUUUGUCACUGUCCCAUCGAUGGCAUCUGUCUUCAACGAGUAUGCACUGAAGAGUCAGUAUGACACAAGCAUUUAUCUUCAGAACUUAUUUCUUUAUGGAUAUGGUGCGAUAUUCAACUUUCUUGGAAUACUAGCAACUGUUAUAUACAAAGGUCCUGAAAGCUUUGACAUCCUACAAGGACAUUCUAGGGCAACCCUGUUUCUAAUAAUGAACAACGCAGCUCAAGGGAUUCUAUCCUCCUUUUUCUUCAAGUAUGCAGAUACAAUUUUGAAGAAAUAUUCAUCCACAGUUGCCACAAUAUUUACCGGCAUAGCAUCUGCAGCACUCUUUGGACAUGUUAUAACCAUGAACUUCCUUCUUGGAAUUUCUAUUGUUUUCAUUUCAAUGCACCAGUUCUUUUCACCCCUUGCCAAAGUGAAAGACGAGCAACAGCAGAACGGGAGCUUAGAAUUAGGCAAUGCCCAGGAUACCCACAGGGCUAAUGACUCAUUCAUCAACAUGGCCGCAGGAGCAAAUGAAGAGGCUACUCACCGCGGUGUCACAGACGACAGAACGCCUCUUCUUCCCAGAUGAAAAAGUUUAUUGAAAGACUUUUGGUUCCGGAGAUUCUUUUUGGCCGAGAAUAUUCUAGAAAUGGGUGGCAUACUAGCAUGAUCCAGGGAAGCAAACUUUGAUGAGACCAACUCUUAGUACUACUCUCAAGAGUCUGUUUUAACUUCGUUGAAGAACCUCUCAGUGUCUAUAGCUUGUAUUGUCUUCAGAUAGAUUGAGCAAACUUGGUUAAGUGAUAUAUGUAUUUUUGAUAUAAUAAUAUUUGUAUUCUUGGUUAUACAAUAUAUAGCAAAUUUUUGUCA